AUGCGAAAACCUGUGCACUACUUCUUUAAACUGCAUUUAUCGAUAUUCUUUCUUUGUGUCCUUUUUAGCCAAACUAACAACAAUUUUGUAAUUUCCUUAUUUAUUUCCAUAAAAAAAGAUUGAGUUUAUUAGUGAAUAUAUAUCAAUACUACUACUGAUAUUUCGAAAUGAAGAACAUAUAUGCCGUACUUCUUUUAUACAUCAAUCUCGCUUAUUCUCAAGAACCGUCAUUUAUAUCACAUAUUUCACAAAAACUUGUAAAAGAUAUCGGCGAUGAAGCUGAAAUGGCUUGUUCAACCAAAUAUUCUCGAGAAUUCAAUGUUUCAUGGGUUAAAGUUGCCGAAGAUCCUAUAGAUGAAUCUAUUGUACUUUCGUCUGGAAGUACACUUAUUGUCAAAGAUCCAAGAGUUUCAUUGAUAACAGAAAUAAAGCAAGAUAGCAGUCGAUACAUAAUACAUAUUCAUGAUGUUCAGGAAGAUGAUGGAUGCCAGUAUCUAUCGCUGUGAUGUGAUAACUGGGAUUAACGAUAAAAUUUCGUAUUACACCCAGUUAUUGGUGGGUAAUCAACCAUUUAUUUAUGAGAACUCUAGCAGAUCAUUAGUUGUAGUAGAACGUCAAUCAGUGCAACUUGCAUGUUUUGCUGGUGGAUAUCCUACUCCAAAAAUUUUCUGGAGGAAACCUAAUAACCCAAUUUUAUCUAUGGGUAACAUUUUGAAAAUUCCUGCUAUAAAAAAAGAAGAUCGUGGAAACUACUACUGUAUAGCUGGAAAUGGUGUCGGGAAUGAUACCAGCCGUAGAAUUUCCAUAUCAGUAGAAUUUCCUCCAGUUAUAACUGCUUUACAAACUAGUGUGGGACAAGCUGUGCUUUAUGACGCAUAUCUUGAAUGUCAUGUUGAGGCGAAUCCUCAACCAGCCAUCUCUUGGAUAUAUAAAGGAAUAGAAAUAUCUAAUAAUCAACAUUACUGGAUAUCAGAUUCUGUUACUGCUGAUGACAAAAGGGACAGUAUUUUACGAAUUAUGAAAAUUAAUAAUUAUCUUUAUGGUGAUUAUACUUGCAAAGCUUCAAAUAAUUUAGGAGCUGCUGAAAUAAAAAUUAAUGUUUAUGAAACGCUAUUACCACAAUGUCCUCCUGCCUGUGAAUAUUAAUCAAUAAAGCAAGCUGCCGUUUUGUUCUAGUUGUAGCUGUUUACCUGUAUUAUAUUUAUAUACAUUUAAUUAUUAUUUUUCUAUUGAAAAACAAUGUAUUAAUAAUGAAAUAUUAGAAUUCUAAAAUAACAACAGAUUGAUUUUAUUUUAUAUUGAAAAAUUUAACUUAAAUUUAAAUUUAAAUUUAAAAAAAUACCAUUUUAUUUAUUAGUUUAUCUAUAUUGCAAAAGUAGACAUAAUUUGAUCAGCUUCAUGUUUAUUAUGUUCGCAAUUUCCUUUGAAGUCUUUAUCUUUAAAAUGAUACAACUAAAUUUGAUAAAUGGAUUUUGAACAUUAUUAGUGACUUAGAAAGUUAGAACCUUAGAAUAGGCUUGAAUAAUUUAAGUUUAUUUAAAUCCAAUUUUGAAAUAUAUUGAUACAUUUUAA